CGCGCGACUUUACAACUUUCCCACGCCUGUUGUUUGGGCGGCUGGUCGCGGCUCCUGCCUCCCUCACUUUCUCACCAUUCGGUGACCUCCUGUCAACCCCCGAAUUUGGACCGUACUCCUCCUGCUGCCUCCAGUUUGGUUCCGUUGGCCCUGGUGGUAUGGUGAUAGUAGGCUCGGUGUGGGGUGCCCUCAGGAGGGGUCUCGCGAUUAUUCGGGGAGGAAGGGGGGCGUUUUUUGGAAAAUGGCGCCUGUUGUUACUGGGAAAUUUGGUGAUCUCUGUCAACCCCAACGUUUAACAAGGGAGGCAAUGCGAGUGUACUUAAAGGAAAAAGAUGAUCAAACAGUCCUUAUUCUGCAUGCAAAAGUGGCACAAAAGUCCUACGGCAAUGAGAAAAGGUUUUUCUGCCCUCCACCAUGCGUCUAUCUGCUGGGAAGCGGCUGGAAAAAGAAGCUUGAGGCGAUGCAGAAGGAGGGCUGCACAGAGCAGGAGGCUCAGCCCUGUGCUUUCAUCGGAAUUGGCAACAGUGAAUUGGAGAUGCAGCAACUCAAUUUGGAAGGGAAGAACUUCUGCGCUGCUAAGACCUUGUAUAUCAGUGACACAGACAAAAGGAAACACUUCAUGUUGUCUGUGAGAAUGCUGUAUGCCAACAGCGCAAACAUUGGAGGUUUCCUCAGUAAGAGAAUCAAAGUCAUCUCCAAGCCUUCCAAGAAGAAGCAGUCCUUGAAAAAUGCAGACUUGUGUAUUGCAUCGGGAACAAAGGUAGCUUUAUUUAACCGCCUGCGAUCACAAACAGUCAGCACCAGGUAUCUACACGUGGAGGGUGGAAACUUUCAUGCUAGUUCCUUGCAGUGGGGGGCCUUCUACAUCCAUCUCUUGGACGAUGACGAAUCUGAAGGGGAGGAGUUUGCUGUGCGAGACGGUUACAUUCAUUACGGCCAGACAGUCAAACUGGUCUGUUCUGUAACUGGCAUGGCACUGCCCAGAUUGGUCAUCCGUAAAGUGGAUAAGCAGGCAGCGUUGUGGGAUGCAGAUGACCCGGUGUCACAACUCCACAAGUGUGCCUUUUACCUGAAGGAUACAGAACGGAUGUACCUCUGUCUCUCACAGGAUAGAAUAAUUCAAUACCAGGCUGCGCCAUGCAUCAAAGAAGGAAACAAGGAGAUCAUUAACGACGGCGCCUGCUGGACCAUCAUCAGCACAGACAAGGCUGAGUAUACAUUCUAUGAGGGCAUGGGCCCUGUGAGCACUUCAGUCACUCCUGUACCUGUCGUGGAGAGCCUGCAGUUAAAUGGCGGAGGAGAUGUAGCCAUGUUAGAGCUGACUGGACACAACUUCUCCCCGAAACUAACGGUGUGGUUUGGAGAUGUGGAGGCUGAUACCAUAUAUAGCUUUGUGAUAUUCAUGUGUCUUCCAAGAUGUGGCGAGAUCAUCCUGUGUGUGGUGCCAGACAUUUCGGCUUUCAGAGAGGGCUGGCGCUGGGUCAGGCAGCCAGUGCAAGUCCCGGUCACGCUGGUCCGUAACGAUGGAAUCAUCUAUGCCACCUCGCUCACCUUCACCUACACUUCAGAACCAGGACCCCGACCUCACUGCAGUGUUGCUGAGGCCAUAUUGAGGACACACACCAGCUCCUCAUCAACAGCAUCAUCAUCCCAGACCUCUUCGUCUUCACCUCCCUCCUCACUGGGCGCACUCACAAAUGGCCAGGUGGCUUACCGUAGUUGUGACUCAGGCAUGUUAUCAGGGUCAUCAGCCAUGUCCAUGUUGUCAUCGUGAUACUCAUAGCAAGCGUGUUAUUUUUGAAACAUGCACAAUGACUAAACUGUUUUGCGUUUCUGAGGAGGACCUUCUGAAGAACACUUGAUGAAAGCGCAAGUGUUUGGUUCCAUCUAGUGGAGUAUUUUGGACACGCGUGCCCCUUUCAGGCUUUUGGACUCAAGGCAAAGGAUGGGCCUUUCAGCUCGUUUAAACCCCAUGUGUUAUAAUUUCUACAAUUUUUGUAGAUUUUUGCGUAUUGUCAUCUUUAAAUCAAAGACAAAGCAUUAAAUUUGUGUGAUAUGAAA